AUGACUAACCAGAGCACAACUGACAGUGUGUCCUUAGACGACUUUGCCUGCUAUAACCUGCAUUUCAUUGUUACAUCAGGUGGAUCUACAGCUGUCUUAUCUGGCUGGGGAGCAGCGGACGAUCCGACGGAGACUGUUCUACAGACAGUUGAUGUCACAGUCAUCGACUAUGAAACUUGCAGACAAAAUAUUGAUGACAUAUAUUCGGGCCCGAACCCACUUACAGAGACUAUGGUCUGCACGGGACCCAUCUAUGAUGGCAUCUCUGUCUGCUUUGGUGAUUCUGGAGGCCCCCUGGCGCAGAACGGUGAGCUCAUCGGUGUUGUGUCCUGGGGAAUGAUGCCGUGUGGUACUCAAGGUGCUCCAUCUGUCUUCACCAGAGUGUCUGCAUACCUGGACUUUAUCAAUCAAAAUAUAUGA